AUGUCAAACUAUGAAUCACUUAACGAAUAUAUAAGUCGAGAAUAUACCGAUGAUGAGAAUGACUUGGAAUCAACCCAUUCAUAUUAUUCAUCUUCAGCAUCAGUAUCGUCUUCGUCAGAAUAUUCUUUGACAGCACAAGAACAAUGGGAUGAAAGCAUGAAGCAAAUACAAGCAUUGGUAGAAGGUUUAGUAAAAUUGUUUGGAGAAGAUUUGCCAAUUGGUGGUGGCCUUAGAUACGAGUUAUUUAGAAGUUUUGCUUACGACGAAGGUAUUAAUGAAAUAAAUAUAAUAUAA